AUGCUGAUCCCUGUCUUCCUUGUCCUUCUCUUCUGCUUCCAGGGGCACACAGGCCCUGCUCCCCAUUUCGUGCAACAGCCGGAGGACCUGGUGGUGGUGUUGGGAGAGGAAGCCCGGCUGCCCUGUGCCCUGGGCGCAUACAGGGGGCUUGUUCAGUGGACUAAGGAUGGGCUGGCUCUUGGGGGUGAAAGGGAUCUUCCAGACCCCCCAGUGGUGACUCUCUCUGUUGAGCCCCAGACCGUGCAGGAAGGAGAGAAAGUAGCAUUCCUGUGUCAGGCCACGGCCCAGCCUCCUGUCACUGGCUACAGGUGGGCAAAGGGGGGCUCCCCGGUGCUCGGGGCGCGUGGGCCGAGAUUAGAAGUCGUGGCAGAUGCCUCGUUCCUGACUGAGCCUGUGUCCUGCGAAGUUAGCAACGACGUGGGCAAUGCCAACCGCAGCACUGUGCUGGAAGUGCUGUUUGGACCCAUUCUCCAGGCAAAGCCAGAGCCCAUGUCGGUGGAUGUAGGGGAAGAUGCCUUCUUCACCUGUGCCUGGCGUGGGAAUCCAUCCCCACGGAUAACUUGGAUCCAUCGGGGUGGUACACAGGUGCUGAGCUCAGGACCCACACUGCGUCUUCGGUCGGUAGGACCCGAGGAUGCAGGCGACUACGUGUGCAGGGCUGAGCCUGGGCGCUCAGGCCUGGGAGGUGGCACAGCAGAAGCUAGGCUAACAGUGAAUGCUCCCCCAAUAGUGACUGCCCUGCACUCCGCGCCUGCCUUGCUGAGGGGACCCGCCAGUCUUCAGUGUCUAGUGUUGGCCUCCCCUCCUCCAGAAGCAGUGGUCUGGUCUUGGGAUGAAGGCUUCCUGGAAACAGGGUCCCAAGGCAGGUUCCUGGUGGAGACUUUCCCAGCCCCUGAGGUCCAUGGGGGACAGAGUCCAGGCCUAAUCUCUGUGCUACACAUUUCGGGGACCCAGGAGUCUGACUUCAACAGAGGCUUCAACUGCAGUGCCCGGAACCGAUUGGGUGAAGGAGGCACCCGGAUCCUUCUGGGCCGUAGAGACUUGCUGCCCACUAUGCGGAUUGUGGCUGGAAUAGUGGCCUCUGUCACGACUGUCCUUAUGGUCAUCAUUGGUGUGGCCCUUUGCUGCUGGCGUCACACCUCGUUCUCCAAGCAAAAGAACCUGGUGCGGAUCCCUGGAAGCAGCGAUGGCUCCAGUUCUCGAGGCCCUGAGGAGGAGACGGGCAGUAGCGAGGAUCGGGGUCCCAUGAUACACACCAACUGCAGUGACCUAAUUCUGGAUGAGAAAGGGGCUUUGGACACUAAAGACCCAACCAAUGGUUACUACAAGGUGCGAGGGGUCAGUGUGAGCCUGAGCCUCGGUGAAGCCCCCGGAGGAGGCCUUUUCCUACCACCCUCCUCCCCACUUGGACUUCCAGGGACCCCAACCUACUACGACUUCAACCCCCAGCUGGACAUGAUCCCCCCAUGCAGACUGUACAGAGCCCGGGCAGGUUAUCUCACCACCCCUCAUCCAAGAGCCUUUACCAGCUACAUCAAACCGACAUCCUUCGGACACCCAGACUUGGGUCCUGGAACACCUCCUUUCUCCUAUGCUGCCUUCUCUGCACCUAGUCACCAACGGCUCCAGACUCAUGUGUGA